AUUCUGUUCUAUAAAUCUUUGUUUAGAAGUAAUGCAGAUUGGAUACUUCAAUUUAUAGGUUGUUCAAAUGCACAAAUAGCAGAAUGGCUGAGAAAACCGAAAAGAAUGGUCAUUAUAAAUCACAUGAAAUAGAUGAUCCGGAAUACCAAUGUGGCUUUUAUUGUCGCAUUCCAUACCUUCAAAGGUUUGCUACGGCAGCUGGGUUUACCGGUUUCUUUAUACUUCCGCAACUGGCAUCACAGUCUCUGUCUAGUUACAUCAAUUCCCAAAUUCCUACUUUGGAAAGACAAUUUUCCCUCAGCAGUUAUGAAAGCGGAAUAAUUAUGACCUUUAACGACAUUGGAUUCCUUCUUGUUGGAAUAUUAGUUGCGGCCAUUCCAAAGCUAGUGCAUAUACCUAGAUGGCUGUUUGGUGCAAUUAUGAUUUUUGCUGUUUCCGGAUUACUUUGCAGUCUGCCUCAUUUUAUUAUCAAUUCAAAACAAGAUGUUACCGACACAACUUUGGAAAUGGCAAAUACAACGAAACUUGCUGAAUUUUCGAUCUUUCCAAUUUGUACCGACGUCCUUAAGUCAGACAAUAACAAUACAGCAAUUGAAAACAAACCACGAUUUUUGAAUUUAGCUAUUGACCAAUCACUGAAGUCAUUGUCUGUUGGAUUGAUUGGAAUAGGUUUGGGAUUACAGGGAGCUGCAAAAUCUAUACGAACGCCAUUCCUAACACAAUACCUAGACGAAGGAAACAAAGAUAAGACGGGUUUUUACCUUGGUAUUCUAACAAGUGCUGCCAUAUUUGGGCCAGUUUUAGCCUACGUUCUGGGUGGUAUAUUCAGUAGAAUUUAUGUAACACUUGAAGACGUCGACAUGUCCACCCAAGACCCCCGAUGGAUUGGUGCAUGGUGGCUUGGGUUCUUUGUGUUUGGAUUUAUAGCCUUGAUUUUUUCCUUUCCACUUCUUUGUUUUCCAAGAUAUCUCACAGAAAAAAUUAAAAAGAAAGAAAAAGAAGAGGAAAACCUUGUAAUGAAACCUGAAAUUCAGAAUGGUCUGAAAGUUGAGUCGUUGAAAGAGGCUUCUAAAAUGGAGAUUUUUAAAGAAAGAUCAGCUUCAUAUAUCAGAGUGUUGAAAAGCCCUGUGUAUUUGUUUUUAUUAGCAGCUUUUGUAUUGCAUAUAUCGUCUGUGCUUGGUCCAGUUGCCUUUAAGACAAAGUAUAUCGUAGCUCAAUUCGGACUCCCUCUAUGGAAAGCAAAUUUAAUUAUAUCCGCUGUCACGGUAGCAACAGUUGCUAUUGGUGCUUUCUUCGGUGGAUACAUAACAAAGAAGUUUAAAUUAUCACCACGGAUGUCUGUUGUGGUAAUUCUGAUACUUCAUACAGGCCAGAUAUUUUUCGGAGGUGGAGUUAUAUUUGUGGGAUGUGAUCAACCUCAAAUUAUUGGUCCUAAUAUGCCACAUUCCAUUCCGAUAAAUAUGACUGACGACUGUCAUUGUGAUCCUAAUGAUUAUUUUCCAGUGUGUGGUUCCGAUGGUAGAAACUUUCACUCUCCUUGCUAUGCUGGGUGCAAAGAGGUGGUUAGAAAUGGAAGGAUGUAUGCAAAUUGCACAGUCAUUCCCGAUGGACAGGCGUCAGCUGGACUUUGUCCGUUCGAAUGCAAUACACUAAUUCCUUAUCUUCUACUAAAUGUUCUUGGCUAUGCCAGUGGCUCACUGAAAAUAAUGCCUAUGUUUCUGGCAACUAUUCGGAGCGUUGAAGAUCGUGACAAAUCAACAGCAGCAGGAUUGAAAUCAGUUGCUGCUUCUCUUUUAGCAUUCAUUCCUGCACCAAUUGUGUUUGGAAAGAUGAUAGACACGUCUUGCAUCCUAUGGAAUUCUGAUAGCAGUCGGAAGGGAUCAUGCUCGUUAUACAACAUAGCAGAACUUCGAAUUGGUAUGUUUGGAACUGUUCUGAUUUACAAAGCAGCUGCACUUAUCUUUAUGCUACUGGCUUUAUGGAAAGUUUGGGCCAUAAAAGAUUGGGAGGAACUCAGGAAAAAGAAAACAGAUCAUAUGAAAAUAAAUGGCGAUGCAGAGAAAGCUGUCAGUAUGGACGAUAAAUAAUAUGUGUUUUAUUGGUGUAAAUAGCAUUAAUUAAAUCGAUUGUUUCUACGAAACAUCUUUUUAUCGGGAAUUAAAAUAUAGAUAUUUAUCAGACAUAAAACUUAUGCCUGCGUCACACAUUGGUGUAUAUACCGGCGUACACCAGAUGUGCAA